CAGUUCUCACUUCUGCAAGGAGAGCAAACAGCAGUGCAGGAGCUCGGCAGCUGCCUGACAGGGUAUGGGACACUUUCCUCUCUUCAACACAUCUUGAAGUCCAGCCACAGGUGCCCUGCAAUAUGGGGCCAUCCUGGGGGCUCCUCCUGCUCACAGCAGCCUUGGGGACAACGGCUGCUGCCCGCUGCCCUGCACGCUGUGUCUGCGAUAACCUCCGUGCCCAUGUCCUGUGUCUCAAUGGGAGCCUGACUGCCAUCCCUGACACCAUCCCAGAGCUCACCAGAAAACUAGACCUUCGGGGCAACAGUUUCAUGGUCAUCCCAGCGAGAGCCUUCCUUGCUACCCCCUACCUGACACACUUAGACCUGCAGCGUUGCAAGGUGGAGAGGCUGGAGGAAGGGGCUUUCCGGGGUCUGGGGAGGCUUGUCUACCUCAACCUGGCCUCCAACGGCAUAGCCAUCCUUUACCAGGAGUCCCUGGAUGGGCUCUUCUCCCUCCAGCAGCUCAUUCUGGAGGGGAAUCGCAUUGAGGAGAUACAGCCGGGUGCUUUUGGCCGUCUGGGGUCCCUCACUGUCCUCGACCUGAGGGCAAAUGCUUUGGUCUACCUCCCAGACAUGGUCUUCCAGGGUCUGCAGGCUCUUAGAUGGCUCCGGCUGUCUCACAAUGCCCUCCAUGUGCUGGGCAGUGAGGCCUUUGCUGCUCUGCCUGCCCUGCGCAGGCUGAGCCUGGACCACAAUGAGCUGCAGGCACUGCCUGGCGAGGCCCUGGCCAGGUUGGAUGGGGCUACCCGGCUAGACCUGGGCCACAACCCCAUCACCUACGUGGCCGAGGAAGCCCUGGCCAUGGCCUCGCUGAAGCACCUCUUCCUGGACCAUGCCUCCCUCCAGGAUGUGGCACCCGACGCCUUUGCCCGCAGUCCCCAGCUCCGUGUUCUGGACCUCCAGGAAAACCAGCUGCAGGGGCUGCCACCCCUGGCUGGGGCAGGGAGGCUGGUAAGGGUCAGCCUGGAAGGGAACCCUCUCCUCUGCUCCUGCCUCCUGCGCCCCUUCCACAAGUGGCUGGCAAGGGCACGAGUGCAGGCUGAGGGUGCCUGUGCUGCACCCCCUGCCCUCCGUGGCCGGUCCCUCAACUCCCUGAAGCCCCCUGAGAUGAGAUGCAGUCACCUCCGGCCACCCCCCAGCCCCACCACACCACCAGAGCAGCCAAGGUCAGCUGGCAGCAGGCAGUGUCCCCAGAGAUGUAUCUGCUCCCCUGAUUUCCAUCAUGGGUCCUGUGAGAAUAGGGACCUGCGGGAGAUCCCUCGGGACUUCCCUGAGGACACCCGCCUUCUGGACCUGCGCCGAAACCCCUUCAGGACAGUGCCACCAGAUGCCUUCCCUGGCCUCAAGGAGCUGGUGUCACUCCACCUGCAGAAGUGCAGCAUCAGGGUGCUGCACCCCGGGGCACUCCGGGGGCUGGAGAGCCUGGUCUACCUGUACCUCACCGACAACCACCUCUCCACCCUGGCGGCUGCUGCCUUUGAGGGGGCCCCGCAGCUGGCCUACCUCGACCUGGACCACAAUGCCUUCACCCGUGUGCCUGCAGGCACCUUCCAGCUCUUGCCCAACCUCAUCUCCCUCCAUCUGCAGCACAAUGCCAUCGAGGAACUGGUGGAGGGCGACCUGGCUGGAGCCAGGGGGCUCCGCUGGCUCUAUCUAGCUGGGAAUGCCAUCAGGCACAUUGCCCCAACUGCCCUGGCUCCCACAAAGAUGCUGGAAAAGCUGCAGUUGGAGGGAAACCUCUUGUCAGAGGUGCCCACAGCAGCCCUGCAGGGCCUGCCUGCCCUGAGUGAGCUGAAGCUGUCACGAAACCCCAUCAAGCACAUGGGGGACGGUGUCUUCCUGCCCGUGGCCUCCAGCCUGCAGCACCUCUACCUGGACAACAUGGGCCUGGAGUGGAUUUCCCCCCAUGCCUUCACUGGCCUCGGUCCCAAGAUCAGAAGCCUAUACCUGGAGAGCAACAAAAUGAGUAACAUACCCAACAUGAGCAACUUCACAGGGUUGGAGAUCCUCAACCUGCAGGAUGUGCCUUUCCACUGUGACUGCCAGCUCCUUCCACUGCACAGGUGGAUCAACAAACUCAACCUCUGCGUAGGGGCCACCUGUGGUUCCCCUGCAGAAGCCCAGGGGCUGAAGGUGAAGCUUUCCACCACUUUCCAAACUUGUCCUGGAUGGGGACAAGGCAAGGCUGGGGAAACCUAUCCUAACAAGACUAAGGCUGCAAGCAAGCCCAGCAAGAAAAAGAGGUUGGGAAAAUCUCCAGCCAGAGGCUUCAGUAAGAGCAGAGCUUAGAGUUUCUUCAGGUGUGUAGGACAUGUGCUGGACACAACAGGGCCAUACCUACAGUCUGGCUAGAGCAGUUUUUCUAGACUUGUCCCCACCAUGGAGACAUGAA